AAUCCAUCAUCUCCAUAUAUAAACACAUCUUCUUCCAAAUGUGAUGAUGUUUAUCUGUUCAAUGCAAUGCAGUCCUCACUGUGUAUCUUAUCUUCUGCGCAAAAGAGCUCUUUAUGAUGACAUGUCAAGGUUAUUAUUACAGUUUUAUCAAACAUUAUUCAUGAAAUUGAUGAUUGAUGUCUUGAUGAUGAUGAUCCAAGUAUUUCUGGUGUGCUUUAGGUACACUUGUUGUGGCGGUUAUAUGCCUUGUAGUGGUAAAUGUGGUGAAAGGAAAUGCCCAGAGUUUUGCCUCUGUACUGAGGUUUUUCUAUGCUUUCCAAAUUCAGUAGCGACUACUCGAUUUAUGAUGCAAGAUGAGUUCAACAUCCAGACGACGCAGUGUGACAACUGCAUUAUUGGAUUCAUGUUCUGCCUUCAACAAUUGGCUUGCAUAUUCUCUCUGGCUGCAUGUUUAACUGGCAUUGAUGAACUUGAAGAGGCUUCCCAAUUGUUGUCAUGUUUAUCGGAUUUGGUCUAUUGCUCGGUUUGCUCUUGUAUGCAGACACAACACAAAGUGGAGUUGGACAAAAGAGAUGGAAAAUUUGGACCUCGACCAAUAAUGGCACCUCCUAGCCCACAACAUAUGUCUCGAAUCGAUCAACAACCUUAUCCACCACCACCUUCUGGUUAUCCUCAACCACCUUCUGGUUAUCCUUCACCACCUUCUUCCGGUUAUCCUCCACCACCUUCUUCUGCCUAUCCUCCUCCACCACCACCUCAUCAACAAAUGUACGGCUAUCCAUCUCAACCUCAUCCAUAUGCCUAUCCUCCGCCAGCACCCAGCGGUUAUCCUCCAGCACCAGCACCUGGUUAUCCCGCACACUCCCCUGGCUAUCCCACACAGUCUCCACCAGGUUAUCCCACACAGUCUCCACCAGGUUAUCCCUCACAGUCUCCACCAGGUUACGCCCCACAGCCUCCCCCACAUUCUCCCGGUUAUUCCGCACAUUCUUCCCCACAUUCUUCUGGUUAUGCCCCACAGCCUCCCCCUCAUUCUCCCGGUUACGCCCCACAGCCUCCUCCACAUUCACCCGGUUACGCCCCACAGCCUCCAGGUUAUCCCCAACUUUCUCCCGGCUAUCCUGGGCCUAGUGCUGAUCAUCCUCCCCAGGCACCUUAUCCACCAAAAAGCGAUUCCAAGUAG